ACUACUACUCAUCAUCCCUAUCCAGCUCUUUCACUCAAGUCACAGAGCACAAAAGCUUCUAAUUUCUCAGACAGCUUCUCGCCGAGCAUGGAAGGCAUCAUCCCGUUCGUCUUCAAGGUCAUAGCUCAGUACAAGGAAGAAGAGCAUGCCUCCUUCGGCGGCUUGACCUCUGAUUCCGACGAGCCCUCGCCGGUGUCGUCGUACGUGCUCCUGCCGGGAGAUUCUGACGGCCGCCACCGCGACGAGAGGAACCAGCAGCUCUGCUCGACGUCCGUGCACGCCGAGGCCGUCACCACCUGCACCGCGCGGGCGUCUCCGAUCCGAUGCUCGACGCUGCGCCGGCGAGCUUAGGAUCUUUAAUCAAUGAAUUUGCUGGUCAAAGCGCGGUGCCUCGCAAGACGAACAAGUAUGGUAUGAUCAUGUGCAAAGACAUCGAGCAAUAGUACGAACUGGAAACGAACAUACUGGUUUAGUGGUUUUCAGGUUCUGUGCAGUUUUUACUAGCUUUUAUGCCCUUUUUUCCACUGUCGCUGGAGGUUGAAACGAGGGUGUUUGAUCCUGGAUCUAAAGUUUAGUUCGUGUCA